AUGCAGAGGCAAGAAGAAUUGAUGUACAUAAUCUCCUAUGACAUUCUUUUUGGCCAGGCAGCUUCAUUAAUUGGCGAUGCAGAAAAGUUUCUCUUGCUCCAGAAAGAUGCUUUACAGUCAGCUCUAGCUCAGCUUUUAGUAAAGAAGGGCAUGAAAAACAUCAAAGAGUUGAUGGCUUGUCAGCAAAUUUCUGAUACUUCAAGACCUCAAUAUGUUCGUGUAAACACUCUUAAGCUGGAUCUGGUGUCGGCUUUACAAGAAUUGCGGAAGCAAAACAUGGCAUUUUCUGCCAACUUACAUGUAGAAGGGAGGAAAAGUAAUCUUUUAAAGGUUCAUGAAGAUGACAUGGUUCCUGAUUUGUUGGUGCUUCCACCUGGUGUUGACCUCCACAGUCAUCCUUUGGUCGCUAAUGGCAGUAUCUUUUAUGCAAGUAAGUAUUGGUUUUGUUGUUUGUUUCAAGUUCCAGUUUAG